GUGUGUGAGGAAGGGGGGCUGCUCACAGAGCUGGGAAUGGAUAUGGCUAACCUUUUUAAACACUUCUUUCGGAUUGGGAAGGUGAAGCAGAAAGGCUGUGUGCGAGAUUUGCCCUCCAGCUCAGAGAAAUAUGAUGGCGAUGAGCGACUGUAUGACCUCAACCUGCCCGCACUGGUGAAGUUCAACUAUACCGCGGAGCGGGAGGACGAGCUCUCUUUGGUGAAGGGCACAAGGGUCAUCGUCACGGAGAAGUGCAGCGACGGUUGGUGGCGAGGAACCUAUAAUGGCCUUUCUGGGUGGUUUCCCUCCAAUUAUGUCACAGAGGAUGUGGACAGGACAAUGAGGGACGAUUCCAUGAGCUCUCUCAAAGAUAAACUGGCCUCAGUGGGGCACAAUAACAACGGCUCUCAGGUUCUGCAGACUGUACAGGCACUUUAUCAUUUCAGCUCCGGCAAUGUCGAGGAGCUGAAUUUCAACAAGGAUGAACUUAUGGAUGUGUUGGAGAAACCUGAGAAUGACCCUGAAUGGUGGAAGUGUAAAAAAGAAAAUGGGCAAGUGGGUUUAGUGCCCAAGAACUAUGUUACAGUUGUACAGAAAACACACAAAGAACUGGGGAAUUCAGGACCACCUACUUCAAACUAUGACAUUAAGCCCUCUAUGGAUGGAAAGUUUGGAGGAAAACAAUGGUACUAUGGGAAACUGACACGGCACCAGGCUGAGAUGGUCUUGAACCAGAGGGGUGCGGAUGGUGACUUCCUCAUCAGAGACAGCGAGUCUACGCCAAACGACUUCUCUAUCUCUCUGAAGGCAGUGUACAAGAACAAACAUUUCAAGGUGCAGCUAAAAGAUGGACUGUACUGCAUUGGUCAGCGCAAGUUCAGCUCCAUUGAGGAUUUGGUGGAACAUUACAAAAAGGCCCCCAUUUUUACCAGUGAGCAGGGAGAUAAACUGUACCUGAUUAAAGCAUUAAACUGAGCCUACAAGAGCAACAUCUAACUCUGCCAUCCAUCAGCAAUAACAACAAUAAACUAUAUUGACUGUGCAUUGGGAAAGUGUGAAAACUUCUUUGGUUAAAUGUAAAUGUUAGUGUUACAUUCAGUAUGUGUUUGCUUUAGCAUUGCUCCAAUUUGGGAUAUUCAGCUAUUUUAAAUGCAAACUCCAGUUGAUAUCAGAUAAGCUAUC